AUGAUGAAUUCAACUCAAAAUGCUUCUGUAAUUAUCGAAUGGUGUCCAAAGUAAGUUCUACACAUCUUAGGUUAUAGAAACUCGAGCAGAAUAUUAAAAAACACUUUGGAAUACAUUUUCCAAAUUAUAGGACAUUCGAACAUUUUGUAAUUGAAAAUGUUCGAGGUCUCAAAACUAAUAAUAAAUAGAUCCGAUUUUUUUCAUAUAAAAAAUUUUUUUUUUCAGAUGGCUAUGCCAAUUACCAAAAAAUCAUCCCAAAUACUUAGUGAUCGAUGAAUUAAUGGAGGGUUAUAACGAUUUUCGCAAAACAUAUGUGGGAAUUGGAGCAACAAUUGUACAACUGAAAUUUGUGAGUUUUUCUGGAAAAAAUGAUUGCAUGUGGACUCGGGUGAAAUCAACUUCAAUUUUUAAUUUUUUCAAAGAAAUUUUUUUGAUUUUUUGCAACAGAAAAAUUUUGUGACAUUGGCUUCGAAAUCAUCAAAUCUCAACUAAAUUGUUAAAUUUUCAAACAUUGAUCCCAAUCAUUACGAAAAUAAGAAAAACUGGAAUGAGUUUUUGAUUUUCUGAAUGCAUUGAGAAUUGUUGGAAGCGAGUUUUAGUCUUUGUUUGGAGCCCAUCUCAAGAAAUUUUCCCCUUGUUUUCAGCAGAAAUAGUGAUUAUAAAUAUAUAUUUUUACAGAAACAUCAGAGUGACUUCAAUCGAUUCACAACAUCCAAUAUCGAAUUCUUAAUUUGCGACGAACUAGAUGUUAAAGUUUUCAAUUUACAUGUGGGACUUGAUGAAGACAUUAUAAAAUCACAUUUAAAUCAACGAUGGGAAGUUCGUUCGGUUAGAAAAGAGAAGAAUGCGACAACUGCAUUGGUUUCGUUCACAUCUGGUUAUGAUGUAAAAGAUUUUAAUGACUACUUGACUAAAAAACAUGUGUUUCUGUUCGGGUAAGUUUUAGGUGUUUUCUAUUUUGUUUCAUAAUCAUGAUUUAGGAAACAUAGCUUACCAACGAGAGAAACAAUAGUAUCGGGAGAAGGGGAAACGACAGCUGCAGGAUUCGAUGUAAAGUAAGUUUUUAUGUUUAUCUACAAUUUGUAAAUCUAUACUAUCAAAUUAAUAUUUAAAAAAUUUGUAAUGUGAAUUAUUACAGAACAAUCGAGGUUCCUGAAGAAGAUGAGGAAUGGAAGGCUCAGCUGGAUUUUUUAUUGCAAUUGGAAAAAGAAAGGGAGGUGAAAAAACGAAAGUGCAUCGAAAAAAUCGACCAAGAAUAUGAUGCAAAAGUUGGGGAAAUUGGCGAACGAGAUAAGAAAAGAAGAAAAAACGCAGAAGUUAUGAAUAGUGAGUCAUUAAGAUGGGGUUAAGGGUUGCUCAAUUGGGAUUGAACACAAAUGGAAAAUGUGAAAAAUAUGGGAAUCCCUUUUGAAACUCGAAAUUGAAUUUUGGAUCUCAAAAUUCAAAAUAAUAUCACGAAAUUUUUUCGUACUUUCUCAUUGCAUUUUUUGGAAACUUUUGUGAUGCAUUAUUAAAUAGGGAAUAAACACCACUUGAGCAGCCCUUUUCUAAUUGAUCUAACUUUAAUUCAAUUUAUCAAACUUGUAACUAAUUGUAAAUAUUUUUACAGAGAUAAAAGAUGAAGCCGAAUCGAUGAGAACAUCGUAUGAAAAAAUCGUACAACUAGCGAUGGGAAUGAGCAACAAUAUUUGA